GAAAUGUAUUAGCUGAAGUAUGGAGUUCAAUUUAAAUUGAUGGCUAUAAUGUUAAUGCAACAUAUAUUGGGGCAGGUGAACAAGAUUAAAUGGUAUUCGGAACAUGUGCGUGAGAGCCAUACUUGCUUCAAAUUGUAAAAUGUAGAAAUACAGUAUGCUGUCGUCCAAGAAGUGGCCUAUUUAGAUUACUAGAUAAUAUGUUUCUUC